AUGGAGUCGACGAGUGCUCGUGAAGACAAGAAAUUUGGGGCACGAGGAAGGUGGGUGAUGACGAAAGGUGGAAUAUAUAAAUCUGUUCCUAUCUAUCUAUCUAUCUAUCUAUCUAUCUAUCUAUCUAUCUAUCUAUCUAUCUAUCUAAAUCUGUUCCUAUCUAUCUAUCUAUCUAUCUAUCUAUCUAUCUAUCUAUCUAGUGGCGUCUGGAGAACCAGUCAGAAUAAAACUCACUAUUCAUUCGUAAUGCUGAGAUGCCGUAUUUUUAUUUCUGGUAACAAUUUUUUAUCUAUCUAUCUAUCUAUCUAUCUAUCUAUCUAUCUAUCUAUCUAUCUAUCUAUCUCAUAUCGCAUUCCGUUCGUUGUCUCACCAAACACACACAACGGUGCGAAGGUGACUCUUUCUUUAUAUUUGUUCUUGUUUUAUUUUAUUACAAUUUUGUAUGUUUUUUCUUUCUUUCCUUUUUUCUUUUACUUUUCUUUUUCUUCUUUUCUUUUUUCUUCAUUUCAUUUUCAUUUUCUUUUCUUUCUUCUUUUUCUUUUCUUCUUUUUCUUUUCUUUUUCUUCUUUUUCAUUUUCUUUUCUUUUACAUUUCUUUUUCUUUUUUCUUUUUCUUUUCUUCUUUUUCAUUUUCUUUUCUUUUCUUUUUCUUCUUUUUUCAUUUUCUUUUCUUUUACAUUUCUUUUUCUUUUUUCUUUUUUUUUUCUUCUUUUUCAUUUUCUUUUCUUUUCUUUUUCUUUUCUUUUUCUUCUUUUUUCAUUUUCUUUUCUUUUACAUUUCUUUUUUCUUUUUCUUUACUUCAUUUUCAUUUUCUUUUCUUUUUUCUUUUUCUUUUUUCAUUUUCUUUUCUUUUUUCUUUUUCUUUUUUCUUUUUCUUUUUCUUCUUUUCUUUUUUCUUCAUUUCAUUUUCGUUUUCUUUUCUUUUUUACAUUUCUUUUUUCUUUCAAUUUUGUGUUUUUCUUUCUUUCCUUUUUCUUUUCUUUUACUUUCUUUUUCUUUCUUCAUUUCUUUUUUGUCUUUUUCUUUUUUCGUUUUCUUUGCUUUUACAUUUCUUUUUCCUUUUUCCUUUUUUACUUUUUCUUUUACUUAA